UCUAAUGAGGAGGAAGAGGAGGAAGAGGAGGCAGAGGAGGCAGAUGAGCAGCAGCUCCAGCAGCACCAGGACUCAUGGCGUCUAAAAUCAUCUUCUUCACGGUGAACGGGAUCCCGGAGCGCGCCGAGUUCCCAGCCGACUGUCCGGCUCAGGAGGUUAAAGAUCUGUUCCGCUCUGCAGCCGAGGCCGGACCUCACGACAUCCUGAAGCUCUACAACCCCAAAGGCAACAUCACCAACAUCUCGCCGCACCUGGAGCCCAACAGCCCCGCCUCCUGCUACCAGCUGCAGGUGGUCGCUGCCGACUGCAACCGCCAGCCCCUAGGCGCAGAGAUGGCCGGAGCGCUUGGCUUUGAUCUCUCCUCCAUGGAGAAAAGACUGCAGGGCCUGGAGAAGAAGAUCCUGUGUGAGGCCGGAGACACGCCUGCAGCCGUCCAGGACAUGAAGAAGCAGGUGGAGGCGUUCCGCCACAAGCUGGAGAGUGUGGAGCAUCUGAGUUGGCUCGGGUUCUUCAAAGACCUCUCAGAGGGACCUCACCAGCCGUCCCCGUUCUACCACAAGAGAACCCUGCAUAAGACCCGGGAGGAGUGCGAACACGUCCGGGAGACGUUCUUGCAGAUGAGCACCCUGGAGGUCUCAGAGGAACUGCGGCAGUACCUGAAGACGCCGACCUUUGACAACUGGCAGUGGGAGGACGCAGAGAUCAUGGUUCUCCUGCAGGUCAUGUACACAGAUUUAGAUUUCCUCUCCACCUUCAACAUCGAGCCUGAGGUUCUGCAGCAGUUCCUGUUUGAGGUCUACAGAAGAUACAACAACAUCCCGUUCCACAACUUCAAACACUGCUUCUGCGUCACCCAGAUGAUGUACGGGCUGAUCUGGCUGACGGACCUGAGGAGGAACAUGGAGAACGUCGACCUGCUGAUCAUGCUGACCUCGGCGGUCUGCCACGAUCUCGACCACGCCGGCUACAACAACGCCUACCAGAUUAACGCGCGGACGGAACUCGCUCUGCGGUACAACGACAUCUCUCCUUUGGAAAACCACCACUGCGCCGUAGCCUUUGAGAUCCUGGAGAGGGGAGAGAGCAACAUCUUCAGGAACCUGUCCCUGGAUCAGUACAAACGCAUCAGGGAGGGAAUCAUCAAGUGCAUCCUGGCCACCGACAUGACGAGGCACAACGAGAUCCUCAACAAGUUCAAGUCCAUCCUGCCUGCUUUUGACUUCUGCAACAAGGAACACAAAGACCUGCUCAUGAUGAUUCUGAUCAAAGUGAGCGACAUUUCCAACGAAGCGCGGCCCAUGGAGGUGGCUGAGCCCUGGCUGGACUGUCUCUUACAGGAAUUCUUCAACCAGAGUGACGUGGAGAAGCUGGAGGGUCUUCCAGUAAGCCCCUUCAUGGACAGAGACAAAGUAACCAAACCUUCAUCUCAAAUCGGCUUCAUCAGAUUCGUCCUUCUGCCUCUUUUCAUGGAGCUCGCCAACCUCUUCCCCUGCCUGGAGCAACACAUUAUCGACCCGGUGCGAAAGGCCCUGGACUACUACACUGAGAUGGAGAAAGCUCUGGACAGAGAAAAGCAGAACUGGUCUCAGAGUGAAAGUGUAGCCAGGACCAAGGAGGCAGCUGUGAGCAGAACCAACAGCCAGACCGGUCCGGGACCAGAACCCCCAAACCCAGAGACACAGUGACCCACGGCUGGCUGUUAUUUCAUAAAACCCAAAGACCGCCUUCAGACCUGCUCAUCAGAACCAGAGUCCAGCUGUGUGAUUCAGGAGGACCAUGGAGGCUCUGGAGGAGCUGCAGAGACCAGCAGCUCAGGAGGAGGAUCUGACCAUGGGACAACUGUUAGUGGAGGUCUCCAUGAAUCUGACCUUUUCGUUUUAGAGAGAAGAACCUCAGUCUGCAGACGUCCAGAGCUGCUGGAGACAGAAGACCUGCAGCCAGAGGAGGUUCUGCAGGGUUCUGGAUCAGAGGAUGAAUAUAAAGGCAGACCAAAGUGUUCAGACUGAUAUGAAAACCCAGUUCUGUCAGUUCUUCAUAGAACAGAUCAACUCUCAGAUGAAAUCCCAGCAGCUGAGCUGAGGAGCUGAAGGAGGCUCACCUGGUUCUGCUCCACUUUGGUGAGAGGAGCAGAGCUUACCUGAUUGGGCGAGGCGACACCUAGUGCCCGCCUACCAAAGGUCGGUUUCAGCCAAUCACGGUUUCAAGUUAAAAGGUUAGCAGAGACGUGAUGAGGAGCUAAGCUGCUCAAGUUGCUUCUUCCUGUUCUAACAAGAAAUGCUGGAUUCUGACAGCAUCGCCAUGUUUACGCUGACUCAGCAGGAAUGAGGUGGAGGACUGAAUCAAAGCACGCCGCACUUUUCAGAUUCUUCUGCUUCUUGUUGAAACCCACAGAUCACGUUCCUCUGCCCUCAUGGACAGUUCUACUCUGUGUUCUGUCACAUGAGAUCCCAGUGAAGGGGGGAAUAUUUAGUUAACAGCCUGUUCCUCAGCUGAAGGUCUUUUAAAGAAACGUUUUUACAAGACAAGGAAUUUAGUUUAUUUUGCAUCAGUGUGAAAAUAAAGAUUUUAU